GUGCCUGAAACGAAGUCGGGAAAGACACCCUUCAGUCCUGCAGCGUCUGAAGCCCCUGCUUCGUAGGUCUGAGUGGGGACAGAUCCGUGUGUGCCUGUGCCUUCCAGCUGCCUGAUUUGGACCUCUGCCUCUGGGGCUGCGCAUGUGUCACAUGACGAAAGAUCUUCACGUGCGACUCUCUCACCCGGGCCCUUCACUCUCUGAUCAGGAUCCCCUUGCUAUGUUUUUAGAAGUGGAGAAUGAACAUGGAUAAUUUCACUCCUAUCAACAAGAAUCUCUCUUCAACAGCUAAUAUGUCUGGUCUCCUUGCGUAUCCACUGAACCUAACUACCAGUUCUCCUUCCAUGUCAAUUAAUAAGCUUUUCCCAGCCUUGUUACAAUGCUUUGGCAUUAUUCUUUGUGGAUACAUAGCCGGAAGAGUUAACAUAAUUACAUCAACUCAGGCCAAAGGACUUGGAAAUUUUGUCUCUCGUUUUGCACUCCCAGCUUUAUUGUUCAAAAACAUGGUUGUGCUGAAUUUUUCGAAUGUGAAUUGGUCCUUCCUCUACAGCAUUCUUAUUGCCAAAGCGUCUGUGUUCUUCUUAGUUUGUGUUCUAACAUUCUUGAUAGUCACUCCUGAGAGGCGGUUUAGCAAAGCUGGACUGUUUCCUAUCUUCGCUACUCAGAGCAAUGACUUUGCCCUGGGAUAUCCUAUAGUUGAAGCUUUAUAUCAAACUACAUAUCCGGAGUAUCUCCAGUAUAUUUACUUGGUUGCACCAAUAUCUCUCAUGAUGCUAAAUCCUUUAGGAUUCAUUUUUUGUGAAAUCCAGAAAUCAAGAGACAAUCAGAGUCUUUCUCACAGCAAAAUCAAGAUUGUGGGACUUGGACUUCUAAGGGUGUUACAAAACCCUAUAGUAUUUAUGGUCUUCAUAGGAAUUAUCUCAAAUUUUAUUCUCAACCAAAAGAUUCCUGAUUAUUUGGAAAACUUCCUUGAUGGUCUUGCCAGUUCUUUUUCUGGUUCAGCACUUUUUUAUUUGGGCCUCACCAUGGUGGGCCAAAUCAAGAAACUGACAAGGGGUACAUUUGUUGCACUGAUUCUUCUCAUCACAGCUAAACUACUGUUGAUGCCACUUCUAUGCAGGGAAAUGGUAGAAUUAUUGGACAAGAGCAACAGCUUGGUCAACCAUACCAGCUUAUCAAACUAUGCAUUUCUUUAUGGAGUCUUUCCAGCAGCUCCUGGCGUUGCUAUAUUUGCAACACAAUUCAACAUGGAAGUAGAAGUUAUAACUUCUGGGAUGGUGAUCAGCACUUUUGUUUCUGCUCCCAUCAUGUAUGUUUCUGCUUGGCUGUUAACCAUUCCUUCUAUGGAUCGAAACAGACUGGCAUCAGCAAUCCAGAAUGUUAGUUUUGAUAUUAGCAUUGUCAGUGUUGUCUCUUUGAUCUGGUCUCUUGGAAUUAUUAUCUUAAGUAAAAAGUACAAACAACUUCCUCAUGUGCUUACAACUAACUUACUAAUUGCUCAGUUUGUAGCCUGUGUUGGAAUGAUAACCUGGAAUUUCACAAUUGAGAAGAGAAACAUGGUUCUCCAAAUUCUUGUCUUCAUUUUCCUGUACAGUUCACUUUACAGUACUUUUUUGUGGACAGGUCUCUUAUCUCUGUCUCUGCUACUUUUGAAAAGAAGAGAAGCCAAAAAGAUCCCUGUUGGAUUUAUCAUUAUAGCUGGCUGGGGCAUCCCAGCAAUUCUUGUUGGAAUCCUGCUAAUAGCUGGUAACCACACUGAUGAUAUUGACUCAGCAUUUUUUUAUGGAAAUUACCAGAUGAUUAUCACAGCAGUUGUUGUAACCAUCAGCAUACUGAUAUCUGGGAUAUCACUCAUGUGUAUGAACAGAUCAGGAGUGGAGGCCAACUAUGUGGCUUUGAACCAGCAUUCCCAACACAGGCAAACAGAAGAACCUGAAAGGGAAGUUAGUGAACAAAGUAGAUCUUCAACAAGUGGUUCUCAUUCUGUACUAGACUCUUCCACAGAAAGAGAAUCCUGUGCAUGUCAAAAAGAGAAUGAAGGCUUAUGCUGUUCUGAAGGAGAAGCAGUAUGUGGUACUAAUGCUAAUGAUAACUGCUCUGUAUCAAUUGAGACAGCAAAUCAGUGUUUGAGUCCAUGUAGUUCUCAGAGGUGUGUUUUGGCUCAGGAAGAACAGCUUCUGCAAAUUGGAGACCAACAGCUGACUAGACAUGUGUUACUAUGCCUGCUUCUCAUUGUGGGCCUUUUUGCUAAUCUAGCCAGCUGUUUGUGGUGGUUGUUCAAUCAAGAACCUGGAAGACUCUAUGUCGAAUUGCAGUUCUUUUGUGCUGUAUUUAAUUUUGGUCAGGGAUUCAUUUCAUUUGGAAUUUUUGGCCUCGAUAAACAUUUAAUUAUUCUUCCAUUCAAGAGAAGAUUUGAAUUUUUUUGGGGAAGCAGAACAGUAGAACGCAGGGAAUCAUCUGUACCUGAGGAAAUCCGAAUGACGUGCCAACAGUUUGUUAAUUACCACAAGGAUACGUGUGUAAGGAGCAUUGUCCAAGAUAGAAGGUGUGGCACAAAGACGGUGACUGGGGUCUUCUUUGGCUGCGACCUGGUGGACUGGCUCAUUGAAGUGGGGCUUGCCUCAGACCGUGGGGAGGCUGUGGCCUACGGAGAAAGACUCGUGCAAGGAGGCGUCAUCCAGCAUAUUACGAAUGAAUUCGAGUUUCGGGAUGAGCAGCUGCACUACCGUUUUCUACCUAGGAGAUCUCUAAGAAAAGAGAGCCAUCACAAUGAGGAAGCGCUUAGAAGCUAGCCAAAGAGAGUAUGUUUAGGCUCUUCACUGACACGUGAAGACAUAUUUUAAAAUGGUGUCUUCACAGUUAUAAGGUGGCUCUGUCUGUCUUCCACCCAAAGAGAAUUAUGAUGUCUCAUGUUUUGAAUGCUGACUAACAGAAGUCACUUCAGGGAAUUAAAUCAUGGUACAAAGGUACAAAAUACUCAGCUUUGUUUUUGGAAAGAACAAUUGUUUCAAAAUAUAGUUUUUUUGCCUAUGAAAACAUCAGGCUUGUAGAAUCUGUUGUACCUUCUCUUCAGUUUAAUUCUAAUUUUGUAUGAUGUCUUGCACUAGUUAAAAGGAAGACGGACAGCUAUUACAAUGUUUUGGUACCAUCUCUUCACUUUUGAAGAUUAUAUUCUCUUAUUUAUAUGGACAUUACAACUGUGAAGAUUGGCAUGUUGGUUCAUCACAGCUGAGAAAUUGUGAGAUGAUUUUUGCUGUUAGUAGUUCCCCUGUGAGUAAGCCAGAAUUUUUUAAAAGCAGCUUGUAGUUCCAGUAGUGCCAGACCUCUUGUAUCCUGGUGAGGUCAUAGUGCAGGGCUUGUUGCCCAAAUAGGUUUUGUUUUCCAGAAGAUUCACUUUCAUAAUUUUUUCUUAAAAUAAAUUGGCUUAUAACUACUGAAAAUUAAUAUAAACUCAAACUACUAAUAGAGUCUGGCUUUGUUGACCUCUCUGAAGUUGUGGUUAACUUUGUUCCUCUUAAUUAGACCUACAGCCUAUUAUAAGAGAAAACCAAAUACUUGAAUUUUAUUUGACUACUACUUUAAUUAUGCAACUUAACAAAUUCUGAUAUUUUUAAACAUUAUAAUACAGAUUUUAGAAACAGGUCAUAGGUUUAUUCAUUGGUAAAAUGCAACCAGAUGCCAAUAAUCUCCUGCCCCUUCCAUAUUUUUUAAUCUUUAGAUUUUCUUUGUUACAUAAAAAAAAUGAAUCAUGAAGCAUUUUUUCCUGUUCUUUUUUAAACUUUUAAGCUGACAUUGAAGAAUAGAAAUUGACCAUCUUGUUUACAUUUGUGAAAUAGGAGAAUUUUGAACACUGUCCAAAGAUUUAUUUAUUAAUCACCAUGUUUACGGAAAAUAACAGUUUCUUAUGACUACUGCUUCAUUCAUCAUGAGCACUCCCCAUCUAAUUAAUUUCUUAUCCAGUGGCUGGCAGGAAUGUUCUAUUUUUAUAGAGGUAUGGAUAAUAUUAGGAGGAAAAAACAAUCUUCUUUAACGCAAGGCUGUUACUUCCUAGUCUUAGAAGCACAUCCUGGCAGGCUAAAUAACAUGUCAGUAGCCAUAAUAAGCAUGUACUGUAACAUGCAUGGGAAUUGUAAAAAAAAACAAAAAAAAAACAUUUUUGUUGUGAGACUGGCAGUCCAUGCACUCAUGAACUGCCACAUUGACAAAUCCUUCUGUGUUGUAUGAAAACAAGCCUAUGCUUAUCUUCCGUGGUGAAGAAAACUUAUUUUAAACUGAUGUUUUAAUCUGAAAUGCAGCUGAAAUGGAAUAAAUAUUGCUGUUACAUUUCUGAGAUAAUCAUGUUUCUGUCUAACUUGAGAAGAAAAUUACAGGCAAAUGUGUUUUGGAAGUAGUUAAUAUUUCUGCAUUCUUGGGUAUUUCAGUUUCUCAAUAAAAUCAGCUGUUCUAUCUUGUAA